UGUCAGAAAUGAGGAACCAGAACAGGGAUCACAUCCGAAGAGAAAUUGGGCCACCCUUGUAGAAGUUAAAAAUCAAUAUCCGGCCCAGAAGAUGUUAGCCUUAUCCAAAACUACAGGGAAUAACGGAUUGGAAGCUCAAGAGCAGAAACACGACCCAGCGAUAUUCCGUCGUGGCCGGAGGAGGGAAAUGAAGGCCAGCGGCGGAUUGCCUUUCGGAGGUCCACGCGCCGCCGCAAUUGGACCUAUACUCGUUGAUCGCUGCAGGCCCACAUAUCGGUGCUACACCUCUUCCUCUCCCGACCAUGUUUCAUUUAUUAAAGAAGUAGCAACCACUCAACCUCCACAGCAUUUGAGUAAUCUACUCAGAAUGCUUAAGGUUAGAGGCGAUUCAAUAAUCUCUCCGGGAGCCAAGCGAGGGUUGAUUCCUCUUGCUAUACCUCUGUCUGAAAACACCUCAGGUUCUGUAACUGCUUUGCUGCGAUGGCCUACUGCCCCGACUGGGAUGGAGAUGCCUGUGAUACAAGUACAGAAGUAUGGGGUAUGGCUUCUAGCCAAGAAUGUGGAUCAAUACAUUCACAGACUCUUGGCAGAAGAAGACAUUAAAGGUCCCCAAGAAAGGAAUGAUGAGUUAUUUCAUGUCUCUGUUGGUGCUGAAGAGAAACUCUACCAGAAGGGUGACUUUGCUGCAUCUGGGCUUUCGAGUGUGGAUACAUAUCUUAUCAAGAAGGUUGGCUUGUUUCCAGACAUUUUAGAACGCAAAAUCAAGCAUCAUUUCCAGAAGGGGGACCAUGUUUCAGCAUUGGUGACUGGGGAAUUCUAUACCAAAAGGGAGCAUUUUCCAGGAUUUGGACGGCCCUUUGUUGUCAAUUCUGAAGUGCUGUUGAAGUCUGUAUAUUUCUUUCAUGCCUUGCUUCUUUCAGCGCAUUAUUCUUUCUGUGUAAGGGACUUGCAUUCAUAUCGCAGGGUUGGACGGAACCUAGAAGCUAAAGAUUCUGCAAGGGUGGCUUUGAAAUCACCAUGGUGGACUCUAGGCUGCAACUACCAUGAAGUUGCGAGCAUUGCCCAGUGGGAUGAUGAACAAAUUGAGUACAUUAAAGAGAGAGUGACCAAAGAGGGAAGACAAGAAGAUAUAAAAAGGGGAAAGGAACCCGCUCAGGUUGCUCUGGAUGAAGCAGCUUUCUUGUUGGAUUUGGCUUCUGUGGAAGGCACCUGGGAUGACAAUUUGGAGCGGAUUGCUGAAUGUUAUCAGGAAGCUGGGCUCCAUGAAAUUGCCAAAUUUGUGCUAUACAGAAAUUGAACUGAAGUUGAUUUUGGCAUAUGCAUAUCUUGCUUUCAUGUACAUUUCCAAUUUUGUAAUCUGCCGUCGCCUACAAUUCCGGAAUUACAUCCGAAGAUGAUAUUUUGGAUUUAUGCUAUGACGUUGAUUAUAACAUUCAAUUGAAUUCAAGACCAAGUUUCUGUGUCUUCCCAA